UUUGUUGAUUAGCCAUGGAGAAGUUUUCUAAUUGGAGAGAUAAAGGUACGGGUAUAGCACCUUUCUGGCCUACACAGUACCCUCGUGUGGGUGCUAAGCUUCCCCUACAAGUUGUUUUGUUUGUGCUUAAAUUGCCAUUCUUCUUGUUGCUUUUGCCAUUUGUACUCUUGGGUGCAACCGCUCUGAAACAUUUAUGUUUGAAAUACCUAUUCAACUUUGGGUAUGUGCUACCAGCUACCAAGAAUGGCGACUUUGUCAUCGUCAAUUACUCAUCACCAUUGUUGAUAUUCUUGUUGAGUAGCGUGGUGUUGAUUCCCGAUCAAGAAGGAACUCUUUAUCUGUACUCACCUAUUCAAUUACUCCAACACGCUUUAGGAUCAGACGUAAAGGGUACAGAAGUGGUGGAAUUGUCAAAAUUCACAAAGUCGGUGGUCUUCUGUUUAAUAGAGGGAACACCCACUAAUAACAAGUCGGUGUUAAAGUUCAUUAAGUUGAACUCCAAAUACUCUUUGGAAUCAUUUAACCUAAAGACAUUGAUUGUUAAAAUCAACCCCGCUUACUUCAACUUGCCAUUGCCGCUGCUGGCACUUAAGUUUUUCUACAACUUGUUGAUCAACUCUCCAAGUUCUAUAAGUUUGAAGUUGGUCUCCCAUAUCCGAUUUGACGUAGACUUGAGUAAGGCAGCUUUUAGAAAUGCUAAUUUGCACACCGUGAACUUUUCCGUUUCAGAUAAACAAGAGUUCUAUGAUUACUACUUGCAGAAAAUAUAAUAUACAGUUAUUCGUUAAUGUCAUCGGGUUUGUUUCCCCGGUUGUGAUGUGAGUGGCGAUGGCUUUUGUCAGACCGGUGUCUUUUCUUGUGUUUGUGGUCUUGAUCAUGGGACCUCUUUUUGAGAAACUGGGCCAUUGGAUCCUUAAACUCAUCUUCAUCUUCUCCCUCGUUGUUUUCAAUGGCUACUUCUUUCACCUUUGCUUCUGUCUUGUCGUAUUCAAUAGCAGGUAAUUUUGGCACUAGAGCGUCGUAGUCUAUCCAAUAGCUGUCUUCAGUUUCAUCGUCUC